AUGGCAUCAACUAGACAACAAAAACCUUGUGUUGGAUGUCAAAAUGGAGUAGUUACAUGUACUGGAUGUGAAAAGCGCUUCUGUUUUUCUCAUUUUACAGAACAUCGACAAGAACUUGAGAAACGAAUGGAUGAAGUUGUUCACGAGCAUAAUCAGUUGCGAGACGCUCUCAAUCCGCAAGGUACUGCACAUUACCUUCUGUCUCGAAUUGAUAAAUGGGAACAAACAUCAAUUCAGAAGAUUAAAGAUACGGCUGAGCAAGCUCGAACAGAUCUACAAGCAUGCCUUGAUCGUACGAAGCAUCGGCUGACAGAUUCACUUGGCAGCAUGACUGAACAAUUGAAAUCAAGACAAGCAUCAACUGCCUACACCGAAAAAGAACUCGACGGAUGA